AUGGUUGGCGAGACGCACAGUCAGCAUCGUCGGCCGUGGCAUCGUAGGAUAGGGAACCAUGGAGACGAUGACGACGUGGACGCCGAAGACGGUCUCAUUCCACUUUCCACGAGGCGAUACACCUUCAGCUACGAGGCAGACACCCCCACAAACCGCGGCGACAGCGCCCACGCGCGAAGUGUCUCGCUCCUUGAGCCGAAAUUGACUUUCACCGGUUACCAAGGCUCUCAACCAAUCGAAUUCGGCACCGCGUUCGACUUUACCCCCGAGGUAGUCAGUGUCGAUGAGAAGAAAUCAAAGCGGAAAAUGACAAGGCCUGCGGAAGACGCUGACGUCAUACCGGCCCCCUACCAAUCGAUAUUUACUUAUGAAAGCGCAUUCAUUGAUGACCCAGAGAUCCAGGACGAUUUUGAGGAAAGACCUGAAACCGCUGUCAGUGCAAGCGUCUACUUUGUCCUUGUGUUCUUCUCCACUUUACUGCUCCUAGCUACGUUCCCCGUUACCGCCUGGUUUUGCAUUAAGAAACUACCAAAGUCGAAAACAUUGAUUGUGUAUCGUCUGGGGAGACAACUAAAACCAAAGGGCCCAGGCUUCGCUCUGGUUCUGCCUUUUGUGGACGAAUAUCACGUCAUUGACCUCGAAGAACAAUCUCUCAUUGUAAAACCAGUUUCCAGCGACACAGUUGACGGCGGUGAGGUUGAAAUCGGCUGUCGAAUUGUCUUCCAAAUCGUCGAUGUCGACGCCGUGAUCAGUGCACGCGUCUUCAGCCCCUCCACUUUGGUCGCGAAAAAAGCCGAAACGGCAGUUCAGAGAUCAGCCAAUCGGAUUCAUUCACGUGACCUCACCUCGGGUCACGCUUUACCUGACAUCGCCAGUGAAGUUCGCGAGCCUCCAAAUCCAUCAGACAAGGUUCGCAGCAUCGAUUUCCAAAAACUGGGACAGCAAAUUGCCUCAAUUUCACCACUACUGGUUGGUGGUGGUGUCGGUGGACCUACGGCCGGAACCACUGCUUCCAAAUCUGCAAUCCAAUUUGUUGACAUGAUUAACACCCUGUCCAUCCCCUCUACUGCCACCACCGCCAACGCACCAUUUGCGUCUGUUAAUUCUCCCGCCAACGUGGCAGCCAAUCACAGUGACCCCGAGCGACUAUUGGACGAGCUCAUUGACGGAGUACUAUCCCGUGCCAAGGUGUUUCUAGCCAAUGAGAAAGUGCGGCACGCUCUGGGUCAAGCCAGUCUACAAGUCUUUGUCUACAAUUCGGACGUCAGUGGAGUGGAACCGCACACAGCUGCGUUCUACAUGGACGCGAAUACGGGUGACAGUGAAAAGGGCGUGUCCGAGGGACGUGCAGCAACGGCGACUGUUCACAUAAAAGCCACCGACUUUUCUGACAUCCUACGCGGUCGAUUGGACGUGCUUGAGGCCAUUAAAAACCACCAAAUUCGCGUCUCCGGUAGUCUCGUCGCUCUCUCCAAACUGCGCUACUUAUUACAAUUUAAGUAG